CUGAAAACUGGGAUACUGAAACUCUUAUUAUUUUUUUGCGCGGACAAAAUUUAAACCUCGACGAGGAUAACUAUGAAAUACUUCGCAAAGAAAAAAUCGAUGGACAGAUUUUUCCGGAUAUGACCGAAAAAAAGUUUAUAGAAGAUGGCAUGAAACGAGGACCCGCUAUAAAACUAGAUAAACAAGCCAGAAGGUUUAAGGAACGAACAAAAGCUCUUGAAAAGGCUGAUAUUUCUAAUCAGCAAGAAGUUUUAUUACCUUCUGCACCUAUUGCCGGAAAAAAACGAAGCAUUGGUAAUAUCAUGGAUAUCUCCAUAGAUGUUCCGUUGCGGAAGAACGGAUCCAUAAAUAUUUUAGAAGUGUUAAAGGUCCACGGCUACGAAAUUACAGGCCAGUGGCAUCUUGAACAAGUUUGUGAUGACGGCAGCUACCAUCAUUAUUACUGUGAUUUGACGAUAAAGAAACCUGAUAACCCCCAUCCUGAAGCUCUUAUUGAGCUCUUAGCAACAGCAUCGGUUUCAAAACUAAACGGCCAUUUCGACCAAGUCUUUAAGUAUGCUGAGCACCUUUGCCCCCAAGAAGUAUGGAUCGUGCACUUUUCUCGUGAAGAUUUUGUUGUUACUAAGCCAUACUGGCCAUCUCAAAAGCUUCAGGAUAGGGGCGAAUCUAAAGACUUAUCCGAGGUUGAUUCAUUAAAAUUGGAAAAUGUUAGACUUAUGACUAGGAUCGCAGAAUUAGAGCAAAUAGUAAAAGAAAAAAAUGCGCUUGAGACUGAGCUAAAACAGAUUAUAGAAGAAAAUGCCGAGAAAGCAAAGUUAAGAGAUGCUGAGCUCAAUGCAAGAAUCAUGGAACUAGAACGGUCAGCAAAAGAAAAUGAAGAGCGAUUUGUAAAAUUGGAGCAGAAGCAAAACAAUGCUGUAGAUAGAUUAGAAAAUGGCGAUAAUUCGUAUGAAAAUGAUAAUAUAUCCAACCUUGUUAUAAAAUCGUUAGAGGAUAUUACUCCUUCAUCUAAUAUAACUGAUGAUGCUUUAAGUUCUGAUGAAUAUCAGGAGUCGAAGAUUCAAUGCACCAUAUCAUCUAUUCAUACAGAGUCUAAAUUACCAGAAGAUAAAGGGAUCGAAUUUCUGGAUCGGGUACAUAAAGAACGUAUUAGUAAUGAAAUAAGAGAAAAGAAUCGGGAGAAGAAGCUUAGAUCCCAAGGUUUAUCUUCAGAUAAUAAUUCUUCAGAACAGUCUAAUUCAUUAUAUGAUGUAAAAACUGUUACAAUCGAAACGAAUCCAAAGAGUGCAAAUCUGAACAUUCCAGAGAUAAGCUCCGAGUCCAAAUCACCUACUAAUCUAUUGCCUAAUCAGAAAAUUCCUUAUAAUCAAAAAGUAGAACGAG